AUGGAGACAUUACAACCUAGAAAAAUUCCAGAGACUCCACGUGCCGAGAAAAUUAUUGAUCAAGAUGUCGAUAUUUCUGGUUUACCCGCAGACACAAGUCUAGGAAAGACUUGCUAUGAUAGGAAACCACCAAUAAGACAGGUACCAGAGUCAACUUAUAGCACACCUCAAUAUACAAUGCGUCCUUUAUCACGCGUAGAAAGAGAAAAAUAA